AUGAAUUUGCCGCAUGUAAAUAAUCCAUUGUACACAAAUCAGAAUUUUUGUAUAAAAAAUGUAGAACCUAAAUAUAAGAUAAAUCCAUUUGUAAAUAUAAAAGCGAGUUAUCCAAUGAAAGUUUUAUCCUACUCUCAAAUUAAUAAUAAUAUUUUUUUAAGUAACAAUUCCCAACUGAAAAUGCAUAAAAAUAAAACUUUUAACAUUCCGUUUGAAACGGAACCAAAAACUGAUUCAAAAUAUUUUUAUAUAAAAUGUUUUAAUAAUACGAAUAAUAAAAACAAUUGUAAAAAAAAUAAAAAUUUUAAAAUAUAUAAUAAAAAUGAUAUUCAAAGCUAUGAGAAUAAUAUAUGUACACCAAUAACUCCUAAAAACAAUUAUAGCACACAGUAUUUUAAAAAUAAUUUCAAUAAUUCAUUACGUAAAAUAUAUUUAGAAAAGUGUGGAAGAGUUAUAAUUUUUGAUUUAGAUGAUACACUAAUUCCUACUUAUUGGAUACGAUCAAUAUUACUUUCAAAAUGCUAUCUUAAUCAAGACCAAGCUCUAAGAGAACUAAAAAAAAAAAUUAAAUUAAAUAAAAAAUAUAAUUUUGAAUCUGCUGCUUGUUCAGUAAUUCAUUUAGCCAAAUCCAUGUCACACACAGUAUUUAUUGUCACAAAUGCAAGGAGUGAUAAAUGGAUAGAUACGGUAAAAUGGUUAUUUCCUAAUUUUUCUAAAUUACUUGAUGAACAUAAUAUUCCUAUAAUAAGAACUGAACAAUAUAUGGAACCUUCCAUUUUAAAUGUGUUCGAAUAUUUUCGAUAUUGGAUGAAUGCUAAAAAAAAAAAGUUUGAUGAAAUACUGAAAGACCAUUGGACUUUUUAUUAUCAAUAUAUUAGGAAUAAAGUUGAUUUUAUUUCAUUGGGGGACACUGAAUUUGAAGAAGUUGCAACUUAUGAAUUGUUAUCAAGCAAUAAAAACAUAAUUAAAAGAGCAUUUAACAUAAAAGUUCAAACAGGAUUAUGCUUUGAAGACUUUAUCGGGCAAUUAAAACUAAUUCAAGUGGCAUUAUCAAUAAUUACUAAAGGAUCAUAUUCAUAUAAAUAUCUAGCUCUAUCGUCUUCUGUGCAAAUAAAAAUGUUCACGUAG